CGAGCGUCACAGGCCCCGCCCGUGAGGCGCGCCGGCGCGGUGUGAGCUCACCGACUCGGGCCAUGGCGCUGGCAGGUGCACCCGAAGUGAUCCGAGCAGCGCAGAAGGACGAUUACUACCUGGGAGGCCUGCGGAGCGCGGCGGGGGGCGCGCUGCACAGCCUAGCGGGUGCAAAGAAAUGGCUGGAAUGGAGGAGAGAGAUUGAGCUACUCUCGGACAUAGCCUACUUUGGCCUCACCACAGUUGCAGGCUACCAGACGCUUGGAGAGGAGUAUGUUGGAAUCAUUCAGGUGGACCCCUCCCAGCAGCGUGUGCCCUCCAGGCUCCGCCGUGGAGUGCUGGUCGCAGUGCAUGCUGUCUUGCCCUACCUGCUGGACAAGGCUCUGCUGCCUCUGGAGCAGGAGCUGCAAGCCGAUGGUGAUAGUACGCGUCUGCCGUCUGGAGGACGCAGCCGAUCAGGGGCAAGGCGCUGGGUGCGUCAGCAUGCAGCCAGCCUGACUGAGCAGCAGAGGAGAACACUCCAGCGGGCAGUCUUUAUCCUCAGACAGGGCCUUGCCUGCCUCCACCGGUUCCAUGUUGCUUGGUUUUACAUCCAUGGUGCCUUCUACCACCUGGCCAAGAGGCUAGCAGGGAUCCGUUAUCUCCGUGCUCGCCGCCUGGCUGGAGAGGACCUGAGGGCUCGCACAAGCUACCGACUGCUGGGCCUCAUCUCCCUGUUGCAUCUGGCACUGUCCAUGGGGCUGCAGGUGUACAGCUUCAGGCAGAAGCAGAGAGCCAGGAAGGAGUGGAGGCUGCACCGCAACCUGUCCCACCGAGUUCCCUGGAAGACAGGGCUGUUUGCAGAACCCCACUAUGCACCCUAUGCUUGGAAGAGCGAAGACACUCCACAGCGACACCUUGUGGCCAUCUCUUCUGUUGGGAGUGCAUCACUGAAUGGUGCAACACUAAGACAGAGUGUCCCUUGUGCAGGGAAAAGUUCCCACCGCAGAAGCUGGUCUACCUGAGGCACUACCGCUGACCGGGACCAGAUCGUCACCAAACAGCUCUGAGAAGUGGAUGCAAGUUGACAGCUUAUCCUCAGAACUGUGUCUGCACAGAAAUAUAAAGUCCUCAUGCACUGUUCUUUGUCAUUUAAGCUACAUAGCUACCUGGGAAGAGAAAGGGUUGGGGGCAAACAGGCAAUACUCCAUAGGGGGUAGGAGAGUUUGUUGCCCCUUACUUAUUAUGGCUUCUUCUGACCCUCUGGAGUAGUGGGUUCCCCCUCCCUCCCUAGGUCACACAGCUGAGAGCUGCUUCGGAAGCUCAGGGUAUUUUAUUCAGGUCUGUGUGAGAGGCAGGGCUGAGGGUGAGGCUGGGGUGAAGCCCUGCACUGUGGGCUCCACACCCACCGAGGUCAGCACCCUCCUAACACUCCUGCCCCGUGCUUAUUAAUACUGUUGCCAACUCCUUAGGAAAACAGAGGUCUUCCUCGUAGCCUUCUGGGUAGGAAUGGGGGCUCCCUGGGUUGCAGAUUUUUUUUAAUUAUAUGAAGGUGCACACAUGUCAUGGUACAUGUAUGGAGAUCAGAGAACAACUUGCAGGAGCUGAUUUUUUUUUUUUAAUCAUAUAUUUCGGGAGUAAACUCAGGUUGGGCUGGGCAGUAGCAUCUUGUUGAAACCUUGCCGACCUGGCAGAGUUGGCUUAGUGAGUUUUCUCCUAUAAACCGAUUUCCAUGUGUCCUCAGAUACCAGUUCUCUGAGGAGUUAGGGGACAGCUGUGACUUGCUUUUCCAGUGUCACCUGUGUCCAGCCCCUCCUGACUUUUCCCUAGCUUGAUUCUUGCCUCCAUUUGACAUUUCCAAGCUUUUAACUUGAGUUCAUGUCAGACAGCCUGGCACAUCUUUGAGAAACUAAUUUCACAGAAAAGCCACACUAAGAACACAAGAUCUAACUGGGCAUGGUGGUGCACACCUUUAAUCCCAGCAUUCAGGAGUCAGAGGUAGGUGGAUCUCAGUGAGUUCAAGGCCAACCUGGUCUACAGAGCUAGUUCCAAGACAGCCAAGGCUACACAGAGAAACCCUGUCCUGAAAAAAACAAAAACCAAAACCCAGAAGAUCUAGAAAGACCUCAUAAAACAGUGUGAAGAUGUCCGGAUAGAAGCCCAGUUCCCAGUAGUGGUCUUUGAUGUCACAAGGCUCCUUGUGAAGGUCCCCUUACCAAGAGCAGGAGCCAUCCUUCUAGGGGACCCAGACAUACACAGGGUAACUUUAUUUGUUUACUUUUUUUUUUUUUUUUUUUUUUUUUGGUUUUUCGAGACAGGG